UUCAAAGAUCCAAAGAUGCGCCAGUGAGAGUUGGCUUUAACUGGAUUCUUAAAGAAUCACCAUCAAACACACCUUCCAGAAGACAUGGCUGCCAACAGUGAACGUGUGGGUGAAAAUGAUGAGAAUGUGGAGCGAGGUAACUGGUCAUCGAAGGCUGACUACCUGCUCUCGAUAAUUGGUUACGCCGUGGGUCUGGGCAAUGUCUGUCGAUUUCCGUUCCUGGCUUACAGAAAUGGAGGAGGCGCGUUCCUUAUUCCCUACACUCUCAUGCUGACACUCGCUGGGAUCCCCAUGUUUUUCUUGGAAACUUCCUUUGGGCAGUUUACCAGCCUUGGGCCCAUUGCAGUGUGGAAAGCUGUGCCAAUAUUACAAGGUGUGGGAAUCACUAUGGUGCUUUCAUCAAUAUUUGCCACCAUUUCUUAUUCCUGCAUCCUCGCCUACAGUCUGUACUACCUGUUUGUUUCCUUCCAAUCACCCCUGCCGUGGGCAGACUGCUUCAGUUGGUGGGGAGCAGAUGAAACAUGCAGCAGGACUCCCAAAGGUCCACUCUGCAAUCUCACUCUGGACGAUGGAUAUUUUGAAAUUGUUAAUACAACAUGGCUACAGAAAAACAAUGAAACUUGUCCAAAUGGAUCAAAAAUUUCCAUUUCUCACCAAGGCCCGAGUGAGCAAUACUGGGAUAAAGUGGUUUUACAGCGUUCCAGUUCAAUGGAUGAGACUGGGGACAUAGUCUGGUAUUUAGCUCUCUGUCUGCUUCUGGUCCGACUGACAGUUGGAGCAGCCUUAUCAAAAGGAAUCAAAUCAUCAGGAAAGGUGGUUUAUUUCACUGCGACGUUUCCGUAUGUGGCUUUGACCAUACUCCUGAUCCGAGGGGUUACCCUGGAGGGAGCCUCAAACGGUAUUGAAUUCUACAUCGGAAGCCAGUCAGACUUCUCCAAACUGGCUGAUGCUGAGGUUUGGAAAGAUGCUGCAACACAAAUAUUCUUUUCUAUCGCUGUAUCCAUGGGAGGCUUAACAGCACUUUCAUCUUAUAACAAAUUCCACAACAACUGUUACACAGAUACCUUCAUUGUCUGCGUUGCUAAUUGUGCUACAAGUGUGUUUGCUGGGUUUGUCAUCUUCUCUGUCCUUGGACACAUGGGUCAUGUGCAAGACAAACCUGUCUCAGAGGUUGCGCAGUCAGGUAUUGGUUUGGCUUUUGUUGUCUAUCCAGAGGCUCUGGCGCAGUUACCGUGGGCACCUUUAUGGUCCAUUUUAUUUUUCUUCAUGCUGCUUACUCUGGGACUGGACAGUCAGUUCGCCAACUUUGAAACAAUUAUAACAGGCCUACUGGACCAAUUCCCCAAAUUUCUACGAUCGAAGCGCCUUUCUCUGACAACUGCUGUUUGUGUGAUAUUUUACUUCCUCAGCCUUUUACUUGUAACACAGGCUGGGAUUUACUGGAUAAAUUUAAUUGAUCAUUUCUGCAUCGGAUGGGUUCUCAUUGUGUCAGCCCUACUGGAACAGAUGGGUCUAAGCUGGAUCUAUGGGGUAAACAGAUUCAUCAAGGACAUUGAGAUGAUGAUUGGGAAAAGGACUUGGCUCUUCUGGCUGUGGUGGAGAAUGUGUUGGUUUUUUAUCACCCCGUGUUUGCUGGUGGUAAUCUUCUUCUGGUCCUUAGCAACAUUUGUCCCCCCAACAUAUGGACCUGUUGAAUACCCUGGCUGGGCAACAGCACUGGGCUGGUGUAUGACAGUCUUCAGUAUUAUGUGGAUCCCCAUUGUCGCAAUAUUUAAAAUAGUUCAAGCUGAGGGCUCCACCUUGCAACAGAAAAUAUCUGCCGCUUGCACAUCAGCCCCUGACUGGGGUCCAUACUUAAAGCAACACAGAGGGGAAAGAUACAGAAUGAAGCUGGAUUCUGCAGAAACACCCAUCCCUAUGCACCUUAUGGUUAGUCCUCAGAUAUGAACAUUUAACAGAAUAUGUCUUGCUCAGCUUGUAAACAAAGUCCUGAGAAACCACCAUCACUCCGAUUUACUCCGAUCAUAACUUCAUUGUGUGCUUGCUAGAACAGCUAAUAACUUAGAGUUGAGGCCCCAGGUACAACUUUGGCUGAUGUUUCUUCUGCCCAUACUGCGGGCAUCAAUUUCGGGCAAGGCAGGGCACAGAUGUAUUACUGAGCAUUGAAAGCCUGCAUCAUGGAUAUCUGCAAACGAAAGGACUUCCUAACAGGACGUAUUAAACAAAAGGAAGACUAAUGGUUCAAGUUGUGAAGAGAGACUUGAUGAUCAACAUCUUAAAGGGCAAUUGUUCCCUGUCCGAAAAGUAAUCAUGAAAGUUUUCUUAGCUCUUUCAGUAACAUAUCAAUGGGAAUAUAGGUUGGUAGAAAGAAAAGACAACUUUUUGCAGAAUAUAUUGCAGAAUAAAGAGAAAUGUUUUUGGAACCAUCUAAAGAAGUGAAUGGUGCAGAAGCGAAGCUGUGGAAUUUAAACAAAUAUGUUUAUGGAUUGAAUGAUGCAUUGUAGGUAUGGUAUAUCUCAGUUGUGCACCUGCUUUUGGAUGGAUCUGAGCCAGAAGGCAAAGUUCAAAACAGAGUACCGAUCUUUUCGUUGUUAGUAGGUUUCUUCACGGUAUGCAACAUUACAGAUCUGUUCCACCUAACUAUUAAUCUACUGUUUUUCUUAUUCUCUCACUGCUAUUUGAAACAAACA